GAAACUUUGUUUCAGCUAGCACACAUUAUUUGAGCUCCUCUGCCCGUUCCCUUUGUGAAGAAUGGGUUUCUUCCAAUAUUUGUUCCUUCUUCUCCCAACUUUGGUUUCCCUCUUCAUUCACUGCUCUGCCUCUCCCAUCAUCCAAGCUGCUAUAGAUAAAAACAGUCAUGCUUACUAUAACUGCACAAGGAACACCACUUUUGCUGCCAACAGCUCUUACCCUUCCAACAUCAAAACACUCUUGGAUUGGCUCUCCUCGAAUGGCACUAACAAUGCCAGUUCCCACACCGCUACAGUUGCUACCAAAAACACUACUGCGGACACUGUCUACGGUCUCUUCUACUGCAGAGCAGACCUCAACCCACAAACCUGCAAAACGUGCGUGACAGAAUCAUCCAAAAUCUUAUCAUCUUUAUGCACCAUGGCAAAAGAAGCCAUCAUCUGGUACGGAGUAUGCUACGUGCGCUACUCUGAUCGUCGAUUCUUUUCCACGGUGGAGGAAAGUCCUAAACUUUCGGCCAUGAACGAUCAGGAUUAUGUGGGUCACAUUGAGCACUUCAACAAUAUCCUAUGGGACAUGUUGAACGAGUUGAGAACUGAGGCUGCAAAUGCUUCCACUAGAUUGGCUGACAAGACAGCAAACAUCACGGAGAAGCAAAAGCUUUAUGGUUCCGCUUGGUGCGUUCCGAGCCUAUCCCCGGAGAACUGCAGCUGGUGUCUCAGCGAUGCCAUAGCAGAAGUUCCAACGAGUUGCUGCAGAGGAAAAGUUGGAGGCCAUAUAGUAUAUCCCAGUUGCGGUAUUAGAUACGAGUUGUAUCCAUUUCACAAGGCACACGACGACGACGGGAUGCCAUCAUCACCACCGCCCCAAAGUACUCACACUGCGGCGGCUCCACCAGGAAAAGGAAAACAGAGGACACUAACAAUAAUCAUGAUCGUUAUUGCAACUGUUGUUAUACUGGCGCUUUUAAUCUUGGGCUACUAUCAUUUUCUCUAUAGAAAAGAAGAAAUGAAUCAUCAUGAUGCUCUCAAAGAAAGCUUUAGGCAUGGGCAUGACAUUUCCACUUCGGAGUCCUUGCAAUAUGAAUUAACCACAAUUGAAGCUGCAACAAAUAGAUUUGCAACAGAAAACAUGAUAGGCAAAGGUGGAUUUGGAGAAGUCUACAAGGGUAUUCUUUCAGAUGGACAAGAAAUUGCUGUGAAGAGGCUUACAAGAAGCUCUGGGCAAGGUGAAGUAGAGUUUAAAAAUGAGGUUGAGGUUAUAGCCAAGCUUCAACACAGAAAUCUAGUAAGGUUACUAGGAUUUUGCUUGGAAGAUGAAGAAAAGAUACUUAUCUAUGAGUAUGUACCAAACAAGAGCCUUGAUUACUUUUUAUUUGAUACCCAGAAGCAAAAACUAUUACCUUGGUCUCAACGUCAGAAGAUUAUAAAAGGGAUUGCUCGAGGAAUUCUUUACCUCCAUGAAGAUUCACGCCUCAAAAUAAUACACCGUGAUCUGAAACCUAGCAAUGUUUUACUAGAUAGUAAUAUGAACAUAAAAAUUUCAGAUUUUGGCAUGGCGAGAAUCGUCGCUGCAGAUGAAAUUGAAGAAAGUACAGGCAGAAUUGUUGGGACAUAUGGCUAUAUGUCUCCAGAAUAUGCAAUGCAUGGACAAUUCUCUGUGAAAUCUGAUGUGUUUAGUUUUGGGGUCAUGGUUCUAGAGAUUAUUAGUGGAAAGAGGAAAGGCUCUUCUUCUCAAUCAGGGUGUGUUGAUGACAUCCGGAGAUAUGCUUGGACAAAAUGGACAGAGGAAAGACCACUGGAACUAUUGGAUCCUAAUAUAGAAGGACCUUAUUCCCCGGAAGAGGUCAUCAAAUGCAUCCACAUCGGUUUGCUAUGUGUUCAGGAAGACCCAAAUGAUAGACCUACAAUGGCAACAAUAGUGUUCUACCUCAACAGCCCUUCAAUCAACUUGCCAUCCCCUCACGAACCACCAUAUUUUCAUCGUAGUAGAAGAGGAGAAAACAUCGCAAUCAACGGGGAAUCGGCUAAUAUUCUCGAUUCCAUCAAUGAAAAUACUUUGACCCAAUUCUUUCCCCCCAUUUGUCAUAAAUUUUGCAGCAAAAACAGAGUUAUGAUCCCCAAGUUUCAAAACAACCUAUUACUUUUCCUUCUUCUUAGCAGCACCCUUUUGUUCACUGUCUCAGCAUCUAUCUUCAACAACGUAAGCUGCACAAGCAACAAAACAUUCACUCAAAACAGCACCUUCCACUUCAACCUCAACACCCUUCUCUCUUCCCUCUCCUCCAACGCCACCGGCGAUGUCAGGUUCUUCAACACCACCGCCGGCAAAGCCACCGACGCCGUCCACGGCCUCUUCAUGUGCAGAGGAGAUGUCCCCUACGCGCUCUGCAGAGAGUGCGUGGGAUUCGCAACGCAAACCAUAGCCUCAUCUUGCACCUCUGCAAGAGAGGCUGUGAUCUGGUACAACGAGUGCUUGCUACGUUACUCUGACCGGUUCAUCUUCUCCAGAAUGGAAACCAUGCCCAGGUACCAGAUCAAGAUCCCAAUGGGGGAUCCUGUAGUUUUGCACACUCGCAGAUUCUACACCGCAUUGGGAUCCAUUUUGAAUGCUCUGCCGAAACAAGCAGCUCUGGCUCUUGCUGCUAAGUCCAACAGAUACGCCGUCAAGCAGGAAAACGCCUCCGCCGCUGUAACCCUCUACGGCAUCGGGCAGUGCACGCCGGACUUGUCGGCCGCCGACUGCGCGCGGUGUGUGAGGGUUGCUGCGGCGGAGUUUCCUAAUUCCUGUUGCGGUGGUAGCAUUGGGGAAAGUGUUAUGUUUCCCAGUUGCUUUGUUAGGUAUGAAACGUACCCGUUUUAUCAGCAUUCAGGAACCUCAGCAUCAGGGGAAAGAAACAUUCCAACACCUGUGUUGGCUAUCAUUGUUGUAUUGGUUGUUACUUUGGUGAUGGUUUUCUUCUUUGGCUUCUGUUUCUUAUGGAUUAAAGCUAGAAAGAGACGCAAGGCCAGCUUUCGAGAAGAUCAUGGGCUUGAGGUUAAUACAGUGGAGUCCUUGCAGUUUGAUUUGGCUACAAUUGAAGUAGCAACGGACAAGUUCUCUGAAUACUGCAGGAUAGGCAAAGGGGGAUUUGGACAAGUCUACAAGGGAAUCCUUCCUAGUGGACAAGAAAUAGCUGUGAAGAGACUGUCCAUAAAUUCAGGGCAAGGAAUGGAGGAAUUCAAAAAUGAAGUGUUGUUAAUAGCCAAACUUCAGCACAGAAAUUUGGUGAGGUUAAUAGGAUUUUGCCUUGAUGGUGGAGAGAAAAUACUUGUCUAUGAAUUUGUGCCUUACAAGAGCCUUGAUCACUUCCUAUUUGAGCCCCAAAAUCAAAGACAAUUGACUUGGCCUGAACGGUAUAUUAUCAUAGAAGGAAUUGCUAGAGGAAUUCUUUAUCUUCAUGAAGAUUCUCGUCUCAAGAUUAUACAUCGUGACAUCAAACCAAGCAAUGUUCUGCUAGAUAGCAACAUGAAUCCAAAAAUUUCUGAUUUUGGCAUGGCAAGGAUGGUUGAUACAGAGCAAAUUCAAGGAUGUACAAAUAGAGUUGUGGGCACAUAUGGUUAUAUGUCUCCCGAAUAUGCAAUGCACGGAAGAUUUUCGGUGAAGUCUGAUGUUUUCAGUUUUGGAGUUAUGGUUCUCGAGAUUAUUAGCGGGAAAAAGAAUUCUUGUUCUUUUGACUCAUAUCGUGUUGAUGACCUAUUGAGUCAUGCUUGGAAUCAAUGGAAGAAUGAAUCACCAUUGCAGUUGCUGGAUCCAAUUCUGCUUGAAUCUUAUAGUCCAAAUGAAGUAAACAGGUGUAUGCAGAUUGGUUUAUUGUGUGUCCAAGAAAAUCCAGAUGAUAGACCUGGAAUGGGAACUGUUGUUUCAUAUCUUCAUAAUCUCUCAGUUGAAAUGCCAUUUCCUCUUGAACCAGCAUUUUUCAUGCAUGGCAGAACAAGAAGACAUUCAUCAGCUGAACAUGACUCACAUUCAGAUUUUACACUAAAGAAAUAUUGGAAAGAAUUGAUGGGCUGGAGACAUACGGUCAAAUCUGGCAUGUGGGUUGGUGUAAAAUAGGUUCAUUAUUCAUUAAUGUAUAAUGUAUUGUAAGAUCAAGAAAUCCCAGAAGACUUCAUAAAGAACCUAGUUGGAUUUGACAAAUCCUUGGGAGGCUGGAUGCUCCUUGACUGUAUGAAGCUGGCAACCCACAAUUGAUAACUAUAAUUGCAAAUUAUAUUUAAUAUGUACACAUUUAUAUGUUUAUAAUAUUGUUCAAGUUAAUCGCUUUAGACUCUGAUCAAUAGGUGUCAAAUCAGGUAGUUAAGGGAGUAAAACUUUCUCAAUAUUCUUUUAUGUGAGAGUUGAAUUACAGAACACAUUUUUUAUAAUGAAUCAAAGGAGUCAAAGACCCAACAAACAGGGAAAAACAAAAGCGAAACUGCAUGCCUCUCAUAUAAACAGAGGAUGCAUUAUUAAACCAGAAGAAAGCUGAACAAAAUGAUGGAAGAUGCUCAUAAAUCCUGAUAUGAUGCUGUAAACUCAGACUAUGCUUUGUCAAGGAGUCAGCCACAAAGUUUGCUUCUCUAAAAAUAUGCUGCCAGCAAACUUGGUCACAUGUUGAGACAAUGCUUCAAAUAGUUUGCACAAGGCCAGCACAAGAAUAAGUUUUCAUGCAGCCUGCCUCCAAGAACCUUAUUGCUACAGAGGAAUAAGAUUCCACCACAAUUUUUGACUUUCACAUGUAUUUAUAUUGGACAAAUGACGACGUCUUCGUUGCUAACUAGUAAGAAUAGCUUCAUGCAUAACAUUCUCCACACGAAAGCUCGAGAUCUCUGAGGUCCUGCCCAACUCCAAUUGGUUUGAAACUUACCAUCUCUAUGUAAACAAUGAUGGUACGCAUAGGCUGAAGCCACCGUGAAAUCGCCAUCAUUGUUAUGCUGCCAAGUAAGAUGAUCAGUUAAGCUCGUGGAAAUUGGAGUCCGAAUGGUCAAGAUUCUAAGAAAACCUCUUGUCCACCCUUUUGUUAGGCAAAAUCAGCUACUCUUUGAGGUAGUGAUAUCUCCGGCUGAUUACCAUCUUGCUGCUGCUGGACUAAAACUCCCUAUAAUGGGAAUCCAAUUAUCAUUCCAGAAAUUUAUAUGCAACAUGUGGUUAUAAUGCA